UUAAGAUAUCAGAAAGAAAAACAUGGGAAGUGGACAGAGUUAGAGAGAGAGAGGGAGAGGGAGAGAGAGAGAGAGAGGGCGCUAUAAAAUCUAUCAUCCCUCUCCCUGGAGAGAGAUUUCAGCACCAAGCAGCGCUCAACAAUGGCGGCAAUUACCAACAGCUGCUCCUACUCCUCCGUCUUCAUGUCCCAACUUCAAAAACAUUCCCUCGCAAUGCCCAGAAGCCAUGGCCCAGCUCUCGCUUUCUCGAGAAAUCCCCACAAAGCAGGCAGGAUCACUAGCAAACUGCCCGAAACCGGGGUUCAGAAGCAGAGCCCCCCUGCCGCGGGUGGCGGCUCCAGGCACAAGAUGGACGAGUACAACGUUGCCAUGAAGAGGCUCAUGAGGAACCCUUAUGAGUAUCACCAUGAUCUCGGUCAGCUUCCUCGGGAAAAAAAAAAUCGUUUCUUCGGGCAUUCGGGCAUGAAUUACACACUGAUAACUGAUAAUUUGAUCGUGGGCUCGCAGCCUCAGAAACCAGAUGAUAUUGAACACCUCAAUCAGGAAGAGAGUGUGGCUUACAUAUUAAACUUGCAGCAGGAUGGGGACAUCGAGUAUUGGGGAAUUGAUUUUCAGUCCAUUCUGAAGAAAUGCCAAGAACUUGGAAUCCAGCAUAUCAGGAGGCCUGCGAGAGAUUUUGAUCCGGACUCCUUGAGAAGUGGUUUGCCGAAAGCCGUCUCUUCAUUAGAAUGGGCCAUCUCUGAGGGGAAAGGAAGAGUUUAUGUCCACUGCACCGCUGGACUUGGAAGAGCCCCUGCUGUUGCAAUUGCUUACCUCUAUUGGUUCUGCGACAUGAACCUGAACAAUGCCUAUGACAUGCUUACUAUAAAGAGACCUUGUGGACCUAACAAAAAGGCCAUCCGUGGAGCUACAUAUGAUUUGGCUAAGAAUGGGUGGAAGGAGCCUUUUGAGAGCCUUCCCGAAUAUGCUUUCGAAGAUAUUGCAGAUUGGGAGAGGACCUUAAUCCAAGACCGAGUUCGAUCUCUCCGUGAAACGUGAACUUACUGAUAAGGUAUCGACUUGUUAAGACCCAAAGAAUCUAGCAGUUACAGAGGUAUACCAUACAAUAGCAGGACAGUAGGAAGCAAGUGACAGCAGAUACUAUUUUGAGGGAAAAGGUUCAGUAACAGCAGUUGGAGUGCGAGAUCGAAGAGACUGAUUAUCAUUUGUAAUAAACAAGCUUAUCGGUAUUCUUUCCCACAUAGGGAGCUUCAUUUCAUGCCCCAUUAUACCAAACAAUUUUAAAUCUGCUACCCUGAAGUUGCAGGCGAUGCUUAACAGACAUUUUCGCAUUAUGUUUAGAUUUUAUGUUC